CAUGGCGGACAUAGUUACAGGGAUAGCAGCAUCAGUAAUAAUAAUGGCCUUUACUGUUCUUUUCUUGUUUAUAAGACACCUUGGCAUAUUAGAAAUGGAAGCAGCGAUGAUUCCACAGGAACAAAGACAGAAUCCCGAACCACAACCGAUGGUUGAAGUUAAAAACCCAUUUAAAAUGACCGUCUCUCGUUCAUUAACUCCUGGUUUCAUAGAUGUAUUCAUUGAGAGCUUAUACUCUUGUGUCGUCUCUUGCUACUGGAAAGUAAAAAAGGAUUAUUUGUAUGACAAAUUGCACGGAAGAAAUUACCAUGAAGGCAUAAAGAGCUUAAACCUCGAAGAAAACUGUGACUUUGUGAUGAAGAAAGACUUUAUUAAUGAUAGCUGUGAUAAAACUUUGUCUUACAAUGUGUCCGAGAAGACAGAGAACACAGAUAUGGAUAUUUACGAUGUUGUUGUGAGCGUGGAACUUACUGAUGACCUUCAGCAGUUACCUCCAUCAAACAUUACUGCAAUGUUAAUUGGUAUUGAGUUGAAGAGAACAGAGGAAACUAUUAAACCAAAUGUUGUUCACCAAUACAUCCAUACAAAUAAUGGGAAAGUUUACAAGCUUAAGAAAAUGUACCUGGAAGAAUCAAGUUUAAAUAUGAGAAACAAUGAACAAGUCAUGAACAGUGAAGAUGCUGGCAACCUGUGUAUUGUGUGUCAGAUGUUACCCAUAACUCGUGCAAUUAUACCUUGCGGACAUGCCUGCCUUUGUUGUUUGUGUUAUAGCAAAAUCAACUGUUGCCCAAUGUGUCGUCAACCAAUCACAUCAUCGUUUAAAAUAAGAGAUGAACCAAACUUUAAUUUUGAAAAUGAACAUAAAUUUAGUGAGAUAUUACAUCAUAUGAAUCCAAUGGAAAUCAUAAGAGGAAUAUAUAAUGCAGGCUAAUCUUACAAGAGAAGUAAAUGGGAAAUUAAAUUGUAAAUAUUACUAUUUUGAUAUUUAACAUCUUAAUAGCUCAAAAAUUGUCAAGUUUAUGUCCAAUAAUUAGUCAACUAAAGGCAAAAAAAUAAAGUUAUCAACUGUUGA